AAGUUUUUCCGCAAAAGUAGCUGCUUUUCCGGAAAAAGUGGCCAGUCUAGACACAGCCGUAUAGUUUGGAAAAGUGCCCAAACCCAACUAUGUCCGGAAUGCUCUUGGAGCAUUUUUUAAUGAAUCCCUAUACUAAAAAAAGACUAUGGAUAAAGUGUAAGGCUAUGAGCAGAAUCCUGAGAUAGGAGGAAAGACUGUAAGGAACAAAUUUGGAAGAACUUUCUGAGAGCAUUUGAGAGCCAUGAUCGAGUUAGUGUGCCCAGAGUAAGCAUGGCUGAAGAAGAGAGGGGAACUCUUGCGAUGAUGGAGCAAGCCAUCUGGCUACCAAAACAGACUUUCCUUCUGGGGGGCUCCCCAUGAUUUUCUGGUGUUGGCAUUCAGUUUUUUCUGCUGGGAUCCUAUCCCCCUUUUGCUUUCACACUUGAGCCCUAGUGAGAGAAGAUGAAGUGAGAACAAGUUUGUUUUGGAUUUUGUUUCGAUUACUUUUAGGGUAAUACAACUAUGUUAGUAAUUUAAAUUCUUAUUUGACUUGGUAGUGGGGUUUUGUGAGUAAAAGGAACCCAUCAAGCAGCCUGAGCUUGUAAAGAGAUUGUGCUUUUGGGUGAGGAUUGAAUUUGUUGGAGUGUGGUAGUGGUCGCGGGUUGGCCAUGGUUUGGUGACAGAUCGGCAUUGUUUUUUCCACCGCUUUGUUUCAGUGUCAUGGUUGCAUUUUGCUUCCCAGUAGCUAUCCCUGCACUCAAGGAGUCUGAGAGAUCUGCUAUAAUUAGAGGGGAGGGAAAAGAUUAAUGACAUUUUAUUGCCUACGCUACUUUGCUGAAAUAAUCGGCAGGGAGAGGAUAGCGCUAGAAAGAGAUUGGAGUUUGCUUUUCUCGUCAUUGCUGAUCAUUGUCAUAAAGAUUGUCAGGCUCCAAUAUGAGAGGAAACCUCUGGUAUCCCCCUGGAGUUCUGAGUUGCUUUGCAAUUUGUCUGCAUAAUAUAGGGGGAGGAGGAAGGGGGCUGUGCUAGGACGUUUUCAAACAAUAACCGUGUUGGAAAAUGACUUUCUUGUGUUUCAGCUGUUGUCAGUAUUUUGUUUUCUAGAGCACUUUAAUAUUCAUCCAAGCUGAAGUAGAUGCUCACAGAUUAUUAUUUCUACACAUUCAACAAUAUAAUUUUGAGGAUCUUGUCUUUGUCCUUUUGGUACAGCACUUGACAUCUCCUCGCAUUGAGUCUAAUAUUUUUUCCACUAGAAGCCAGUGAACCUUGGACUGAAGUUACUAAAGGACCUGGGCCUUACAGGACACAGAUGCUAAAUUGUUUGAAAGCAAAAUGAAGUGAAUAUGAUUUGAAGAACAUGAAUGGACCUAAUUUAAUUGGUGCAGUCUUGAAUACCUAUGAAGGAAACUUAGAUUCUUCAAGCAAACUGGGCUUGUAGAGAUUCUGGAUAACAGAAAAACGAUUUGACCACCAUGAGUUGGAGUUUCUUGACCCGUCUGUUAGAGGAAACCCACAAUCAUUCAACGUUUGUUGGCAAAAUCUGGCUGACGGUUUUGAUUGUCUUUCGGAUUGUCCUUACUGCUGUGGGAGGGGAAUCCAUCUAUUAUGAUGAACAAAGCAAGUUUGUGUGCAACACAGAGCAACCAGGAUGUGAAAAUGUUUGUUACGAUGCUUUUGCUCCUCUUUCACAUGUGAGAUUUUGGGUCUUUCAGAUCAUUCUUGUAGCCACUCCCUCUGUGAUGUAUUUAGGCUAUGCCAUUCAUAAAAUUGCCAGAAUGGUGGAACAUAGCGAACCUGACAAAAGAACCAGGAGCAAAACUUUUUCAGUGCGCUGGAAACAACACCGUGGCUUGGAGGAGACAGAGGAUGACCAUGAAGAAGAUCCAAUGAUGUAUCCAGAAAUAGAGCUAGAAAGUGAACGGGAAAACAAAGAGCAGCCAGCCCCCACUAAAGCCAAGCACAAUGGAAGGAGGCGAAUCCGAGAGGAUGGGCUCAUGAAAAUCUACGUGCUGCAGCUGCUGUCUAGGACUACGUUUGAAGUUGGCUUUCUUGUUGGUCAAUAUUUUUUGUAUGGGUUUGAAGUCAGCCCCACAUUUGUAUGUAGCAGGAAACCAUGCCCACACAAGAUAGAUUGUUUCAUUUCAAGACCCACUGAAAAGACCAUUUUCCUGUUAAUUAUGUAUGGUGUAAGCUGCCUGUGUUUACUUUUGAAUGUCUGGGAGAUGCUCCAUUUGGGAUUUGGUACAAUUCGAGACACUUUAAACAAUAAAAGAAAACAGCUGGAAGACUCGGGUACCUAUAACUACCCUUUUACUUGGAAUACUCCAUCUGCUCCUCCUGGCUAUAACAUUGCAGUCAAGCCAGAUCAAAUCCAAUAUACUGAAUUGUCCAAUGCCAAAAUGGCCUACAAGCAAAACAAAGCUAAUAUAGCUCAGGAACAGCAGUAUGGGAGCAAUGAAGAAAACAUUCCAGCCGACCUAGAAAAUCUACAGAGGGAAAUUAAAGUGGCUCAGGAACGUCUGGACCUUGCAAUCCAGGCAUACAAUAACCAAAACAAUCCCAGCAGUUCCAGAGAGAAAAAAUUGAAAGCAGGCUCGAACAAAAGUAGUGCUAGUAGCAAAUCGGGAGAUGGAAAGACCUCUGUCUGGAUUUAAUGUUGGCUGAACGUGUACUUUUCUUAGUUUAUGAUAACCAGCAAUUCAAUGAAUAAGUACUUUGAGUAAACAUUUGGAUUUGUUUAUCUUCAGGGAUACCGUUGGCUAGCGAUCCAAGCUCUCAAAAGUGUUUAUAAACAUGUCCUAGAGUUACAGAAUUUUAUUCUUGUGUCUUCCAGGUCAGGAGAAGAACAGGUAUAUUUAAAUCAUUCUUGUUGAACAGUUUACACUGUAUGUACAGUAUUAUGGUACAUUUAUUAUGCACAGGUUUUUGUAUUUGUACAUUGGACCUCUGCAGUUAUACUUUUUAUAUUAAAAGAAAACAUUCCAGGUAA